GCACCCGCACUCCAAACCAAAGUGAGUCUUGAACAAACUGCCGUUUUUCCUGAAAAAUAAAAUAAAAUUUACACAUCUUCGAAGUCUAAAAGGCCUCCGCAUUCCACGCGCGACAAUGAGCGACGGCACGUCGACGCAGGAGCCGCAGCGGCAGGAGGCGGAGCAGCGAUUGGAGGGCGAGGGUGAGGAGAGGGCGAGCAACGGCGAGGAGGAGAGGAAGCAGCAGCCGCUGGUGGCGGCGGCGAGCGAGGCUGCGAAGCAGGGCCCCGGGGGGCGGUCAUGGCGGCUGCUCAUCGCGGGCGGGCUGGCGGGCGCCGUGGCCCGCACGUGCUCUGCGCCUCUCGACCGCAUCAAGCUGCUGCUGCAGGUGCAGCAGCUGGGGCAGCUGGGCACGAGCGCGAACGCGUACACGGGAAUCGGGCAGGCCAUGGCCAAGAUCGCGCGCGAGGAGGGCGUGCGCGCGUUCUGGAAGGGCAACGGGCUCAACAUCAUCAGAAUAUUCCCCUACUCCGCCACUCAGCUGACGUCGCACGAGCAGUACAAGGCGCUCAUCGCCGGCCCGUCGGGGCAGCUGAGCGUGCCGCAGCGGCUGAUGGCGGGCGCGCUGGCGGGCAUGACGGCCACGGCGCUCACGCACCCGCUGGACACAGUGCGGCUGCGCAUGGCCAUGCCCACGUCCGGGUACAGCGGCAUGGCGGACGCCUUCGCGACCAUCGCGCGCACGGAGGGGCCUCUGGCGAUGUACAAGGGGCUCUUCGCCACGCUGCUCGGCAUCGCGCCCUACGCCGCCGUCAACUUCGCCUCGUACGACCUGCUCAAGUCGUCGCUGUACGGGUCGGGCGUGCUGCAGCAGUCGGUGCCAGCCAACCUGCUCAUGGGCGCCACCGCCGGCACCAUCGCCACGUCCGUGUGCUACCCCCUCGACACCGUGCGCCGGAGAAUGCAGAUGAAGGGCAAGGUGUAUCGCAACACAGCAGACGCAUUUGCCACCAUCGCGCGAACAGAAGGCCCAAGGGGCUUCUAUCGUGGCUGGCUGGCCAACACACUCAAGGUCGUACCCCAAAACUCAAUUCGCUUUGUGGCAUUCGAGUUCUUCAAGUCUGUUCUAGGGGUCACCAAGAAGAAGACUGACACAUAGAGAACUGUGUAGUUGUGCUGCAGUGCCUGUAUCAUAGUUUUUUUGUGUUAGAUUUCCAGCAAACAGAUAAUUUUGUAGUACAACGAUAUAAAGAAAGAGUCGACGAAGUC